AUGCCUACCAAGGGCGUCAUUGGAAAAUAUGAGGUCGAUUAUGGAGCCUUUGUUUCCUUUUUGAAAAAUAUUUUGCGUUCCGUUAUUCAGGAUCGUAAGAUUCGUCUGGCCGAGGAAUUCAAGCAUCAGUUGCCCACGAUGGAGAAGGUGAACCCGAAUCCGCAAUCGAGGACGAAAGAGCAGAACAUUGCCCGAGCAAGAAGAUGUUCGAAUAGCAAUUACCUAACUGAAGAGCAACAAAGCGGCAGGGCCGAGGCCAAAUUAUUCAAACACGACGAUUACCAUGGAUGUAGAUACGCCAGUUGCAAAUACGCCAACCGCUCAGGCGGUAACCAAUGUACCACGCAACGGGCCUGCACCAGCGCCCCGAACGGUAGUUGCAACAGCAUCGGCUGCUACUCCGGCAACCACGCACCGGCAACAACGCCGGCACCUGUACCGGUAUCCGCGCCUGCAGCGGUACCUGCACCCGCGCCUCGUGGUGGCACCCGACCACCACCGAUCACAUCGAGGACUUCGGAGACCCGUCGGAUUAGGUGCCCCAUCUGUCGACGCAUACAUCCUCUGCACCAUUGUGGAAUAUUCAGGGGUAUGCGACCUUUGCAACGGCAGCAAGUUGCCCAGGCCCACGGGUAUUGCCUCAACUGCCUGUCGCACACUCAUACGACUACAGAGUGUGAGUCACGUGGGCUGUGCCAACUGUGUUACCGGCCGCAUCACACGCUGCUACACCGCAGCUCGUCACGCGAAGUUAACCGGCCACCCAACCAUCGCGGCCACGUAUCUCGACUUCCACCCGCUGAUCGUGUCAUACACCAGCGAAGUGGAACCUCGGUGCGGCGUCGACAGACUGGACCACCAUCUCGCCGAUCCACGGGUCUGAGCAAUGUUGUGGCAACGGUGCAACAGCUGCAGCGCCUUUUAGGCUAAACAGUCGUUUAGGGGGACCUGGGUGAUUAAAUGAGCUUCUGCGCCCCCCUCUUAAUAUAAGAUAGCUACAUCCCACACUACACACCCUAUUCUCAACACAUCGGCAUGAUGCCCACCGCAUCAUCAUCUACACCAUACCUUCACACACGAGGACACCAGAACAUAAUCAACAAAAGGGACCGACGGACGGCGCCAGCCUCUCUUUUGUUUUCGGCCCGUGCGCAUACUCGUACACGCAGUCAACUCUACUUUUUUAACUUCGAUUUCGUUACAAGGUGAUUCUGGUUAUCCACUACACGAGUAUCUAUGGACGCCUUUCCGAAACGCUUUACCAGGAACAGUGGAAUCAAAUUUUAAUAAGAAACAUGCAAAGGCAAGGAACGUAGUUGAACGGACAAUUGGAGUGCUGAAAUGCCGUUUUCGUUGUAUACUAGGUGAACGUAAACUACGACAUCCUCCUAGUAAAGCAACUGUUAUUGUAAAUGUUUGUUGUGCUUUACACAAUAUUUGCAAACAAUAUAAUGUGAAUGAUCCUGAAGAAGAAACUUUUGUUGAUGUGGUAGUACCACUGGAACCAGUUGAAGGAAACUUCAGUGGAACAGCAGCAGAUCAUCGCCGAAGACAAAUUGCGAAUGCAUUGUCAUAGUAUAGUUGCAUCCCCAAAAUAUAUGUACAUAUAUGUAACAUAACUACAAUAAAAUAACUGAAAUUAAUUUUGAAUUGCAGGAGAUUCUCGAAUCAAAUAAACGUUCGCCAAAUUUUGACAGUUGAGGCGGAGCGAAUUUUAAAAAUUCGCAAGUGGCAAUACCAAAUAUUCAUUUUCGCUAGUUCUUUCGCCACAUGACCGAAAAUCACUCUGGCGCUACGACAUCGGUCCGAUCCACACACGACUCCUUUUUGGCUACUUUAGUUUUACCUUUUUUGCGAACAUCUUGUUCAAAAUUAAAACAUUUUUAUACCUAUGUUGUGAAAGAAUAAAUACAAAAGUUUACAUUUUCUUGCGUUAAAUUCAAAUAUACUUGUACUUGUAUUUUAUUCUUUUGUGAGUGAAUAAAUUCAAAAGUUGAUAACAACUUGAA